AUGGCGGGGUCGGACGGAAGUGUCAGCUUUAGCAGCAAGGAGCCAAGGCUCUAUGUGGAGUCAGACGGAGAGUUGGAGCUGCUUCCUCUGUCUUUGGGCACUUUGGAGCUCGUUCGCUGGCUGUGUUUGCAGUUGCUGCGAGUGCUUCUCAGAAAAGGAACGAGCUGGCAGUUUGACUUUAGAAGCAUAGACGGAGAAGCGGAGGUUGGGAAAGAAGAGCUACUCCAGCAAGGCAUGAGUCAAACACUGUACUCAUUCCUCAACGACUUCGACUCCAUUGUCACGGUUGUGUGCACGGUGAUUGCGGUCCAAACAGCGGCCACUCCUCCACCAAAGAGUGGAUGUCUCGAGGAUGCUGCUUCUGGGUUCGGCACCUACAAUUUCGCCUGGGCUCCAGAGCAGGCAAACGAGGUGGCGCGUCUGGUUCUGCGGCUGUUCAAAAUGUGGUCUUUGCCUUCGGACCUCGCCCCAAUCCUCAGUGAGCACGAGGUUGGGGAGAGUAUCAACCAGUCACCAGGCGCAAACGAGAAGCAGCUUCUACAGGGAAUCAUAAGCGAGUUACGAAGCUUUAAUGGCAGGGAUCCGCUGCUUUUUGACGGACAAACCCCUCCACCGGAGUCAGUGAGCACGUUAGCAGCCGUUGCGUCGCUGGCUUCGUGCCACUCUGUUUUCAAGGUGGAAUGGGUCAUCAGUGGAAAGCACACCAAUCUUGGAAGGGGGGACCUGGUGUUGACGAAUAGGUUUGGAAUCUUUUUGGUGGUUGAGGUCAAAUACCUAGUGUUGUCCGCGACUGGAAAAGUAGCGCGAGCGCGGCGACGGAAUCAUCGGCGCGACGUCAAGAAACAGGCCAUUGCCUACAGGGACCAUUUACAGAGCCAUCUGUCCGACGUCUAG